AUGCUUUUGAAUUCCACGAUGAAGCUCGGCUACUUGGAGGGCUCUAUGCUGGACGAUCUUGGCAUACGUGCGGAGUCCCGCCGCCCAACACUGAAACUAGAUGAAAAGGGCUUUGAGGUCUCAGGGCCACGACCCAGCAGAACAUCCUUACGGCCAGGCAGCAACCAGAGCCAAAGGGGUUUCCAGAAGGAAACACUGAACUCAUUGAGCCGGAGCACAUCCAAAGACAGGCCAGCAUCGCAAGGACGAGUGUCCCUGAAGGGGACCCGUGAAAACAAGCUGCAGCGAUCCUUUUCAAGGGAAGCAUCACUUAAUCCGAGCACGCCUGGAGCAGUCGAAGCGGAGCCUGGGCCGAGUUGGCAGGCUUUGGAGUGGACGCGCCCGCCUCAAAAAGAUGUUCGCAGAGAAGGGGCUUCGGUGUACUCUGUUAGCACGCCUGCCACACAGGGCGCCAGAGAGCACCAGCCACACCUUGUGCGCACGACUCGCAUAGAGCCAGCGGCCAAGGGAUAUGCGAACAAGCGUCCGCCUGUGCCUCCAAAGAAGGCUGAGCAGAUCGUUGUGACCGAGAAAGACUUGCGUCGCUGCGGCAGUGACCUGCAGAAGCUACGCGAGUGUAGCAUUAGCACGCCAUCGAAGCCCAUGGAGGUGGUGAUGAAACCAGCUCCCGUCGAAGAAACUCAGAAGUUCGAGCUUUCCUUCAAGAGCAACUUCGCGAAAAUCUGCCGUGAAAGCGCCGACCCACGGGAUCCCUGGGAGGGCGUGGGCCACCCCGACGAGCUCCGGGAGCUGACUGUGGAAGAUCUCGUCCUGAACCAGGUCUACAUCCACGCGCUCUCCCCGCGGAAGAUCGAGUUCGAUGUAAAUAGCUCCCCAGAGCAGGGGACAAGGAAGCCCAAGCUGUUGCGGAGUGCCAGCGCUUCGACACGGGCCAGCUCUGCAGAUGUUGCGUUACAGACCUGGCCGACGGAUGAUCGUCGCGAGGGCUUCAGCCGGCGGGUGCCACGAGUGCGCCCCCGGCCUGGUCUUCCACCAGCGGGCGGGAAGCGGGCCUCCAGCGUCCCACGAGACUCCAUGGAAGGGGCCGAGGGCGGCAAGGCCACAAGGCCUGAGGGCCAGGGCCCAAUUCAGCCGAUCAGCACCGACACUCCCCGAACGGCUCGGGAAGACGAGACUCCGCCACACAAGCGAGCCAUGAGGAGCUUUCUGAAGGGCGCCGCGAGCCGUGGGGAGACGCGAGCUGUUUCAGGCAUAUCUCUUCUUCCAAACGGGAUGGCGGCCUCAAAGUGGGUGUACGACUUUGGGGAGGGCAAGGCGGACGGCCGCGCCGAGAUGAAGAAUCUCCUUGGCGGGAAAGGUGCAAACCUUGCAGAGAUGGCGGCGAUUGGCCUUCCUGUUCCCCCGGGAUUCACGCUGACCACGGAGAUCUGCACCUACUUCUACGAGCAUGGCUGUACCUACCCGAAGGAGUUGAAGACUCAGGUCCAGCAGGCCUUGGCCUUGGUGGAGUCGCGCACGGGCCGCAAGUUCGGAGAUGCCACGAACCCUUUGUUGGUCUCUGUGCGCUCCGGGGCUCGGGCCUCAAUGCCGGGAAUGAUGGACACAGUGCUCAACCUUGGCCUCAACGACGUCACGGUGGAAAGCCUUGCGAAGCAGUCGGGGGACCGCCGCUUCGCCUUCGACAGCUACCGCCGGUUCGUGCAAAUGUACUCUGAUGUGGUGCUGAACAUAGAACUCAGCCACUUCGAGAAACUGCUGGACCGGGCGAAGGAGAAGCGCGGCGUGCGGCUCGACAAUGAGCUGUUGACAGAAGACCUGGAAAACCUCACCAAGGCUUACAAAGCUCGCGUGGAGCUGGAACUGGGUCACGAACUGAGUUUGUUUCCAGAGUGGUCAAACCGCUGUCGCGAGUUUCCAGAGGAUCCGCAGGAACAGCUCUGGGGGGCAAUCGGCGCGGUCUUCAACUCCUGGAUGAACCAGCGAGCCAAGACGUACAGGCAGCUGCACGACAUCCCAGAAUCCUGGGGUACCGCUGUCAAUGUUCAGGCCAUGGUCUUUGGAAAUAUGGGGAACGACUGUGCCACUGGCGUGGCCUUUACGCGCAACCCGUCCAACGGCACCAACGACUUCUAUGGUGAAUUCUUGGUCAAUGCGCAGGGCGAAGAUGUGGUGGCCGGCAUCCGCACUCCUCAAGAGUUGACGAUCAAAGCACGCCAGUCACAUGGAAGUGAGCUUCCUUCUUUGGAAGAGGUGAUGCCCAAGGUCUUUCAGGAGCUUAUGGACGUCCGCAAGCAGCUGGAGAACCACUUCUUGGACAUGCAGGAUAGUUUGCUCAU